GGAUCCUCCUGAAUCCUGCGUCUCUCUGCAAGUCCCGCCCACCAGAGAGGACCGUUAUAUAGCCGGCCUCUGAGCACCACUUACUUAAAGCAGCAACCCAGGCACUGCAGGAGCUGAGAAUCGGAGAGGGAAAAAGAGGAAGAAAACAAUCGCUGCCACUUAUGGAGGACCUUAGGGGGGCUAAACCGAAGAGAAGAUUGUCCAGAAAUGUCCUGGUCAUCCUGGGAUUCUUCUUUGCCAUUGCUAUCAUCGCCUUAAUCACUGUGGGGGUGACCCAAAACAAAUCACUGCCAGAAAAUGUGAAGUUCGGGAUUGUCUUGGAUGCCGGUUCUUCUCACACAAACCUGUACGUGUACAAAUGGCCAGCGGAGAAGGAGAAUGAUACUGGAGUGGUGCAUCAGGUGGAUGUGUGUAAGGUGCAAGGUCCCGGGAUCUCCGGAUACGCUCAGAAAGUUGAUAAGGUGGGCGCUCCCCUUGGCCAAUGCAUGGAAAAGGCCAAGGAGGUGAUCCCUGAACAACAAUACCCAGACACCCCUGUCUAUCUGGGGGCAACAGCCGGUAUGCGGCUACUCAGGUUGGAGAACAGCACUCUGGCUGAAGAAGUCCUGUCCGCAGUGGAGAAGAGCCUCGGCUCUUACCCCUUUGACUUCCAGGGGGCCCGGAUCAUCACCGGCAAGGAAGAAGGGGCUUAUGGCUGGAUCACCGUUAAUUAUCUGCUGGGAAAUUUCAAUCGGAGUUCCUCCUGGCUGAAAUUCCUGCCCAAAUCCUGGGGCACCCAGGAAACAUCGGGAGCCCUGGACCUGGGAGGAGCCUCCACCCAGAUCACCUUUGUGCCGCAAAAGGAGGAGAACGAGUCCAGCGACAGCUCGCUGCACUUCCGCCUCUAUGGCAAGAACUACAGUAUCUACACACACAGCUUCCUGUGCUACGGGAAGGACCAGGCUCUACGUUUGAAGCUGACCAAGAGCAUCCAGGAGGCAGAAAAUGGACAGCUGAAAGACCCGUGCUUUCACCCUGGCUACAAGAAGGUAGUGAAGAUGAGUGAUCUCUACAAUAGUCCCUGCACUAAGAAGACGGAGACUGUCCUUCCUCUGGAUGAGCUUCACAUCCAGGGCACUGGAAACUUUGCACAGUGCCAGAAGAGUCUCGAGAACAUUUUCAACACUUCCUUCUGCCCUUACUCGCGGUGUUCUUUCAAUGGGAUUUUCCUACCAUCCUUACGGGGAGAUUUCAGGGCAUUUUCCGCUUUCUACUUUGUGAUGAACUUUUUAAACCUGACAGCUAAGGAGGGCUCGUCUCUGAAAAACGUGACCAAAAAAAUAGAAGACUUCUGUUCCCGGCCCUGGGAGGAGGUAAAGACCUCCUUCUCUGAUAUAAAGGAGAAGUACCUGAGUGAAUAUUGUUUCUCCGGCACCUACAUUGUCACGCUUCUGCAUCUCAGAUACGGCUUCACUGAUGUAAACUGGAAAGACAUCCAGUUCAUGGGCAAGAUUGGGGACAGUGAUGCAGGCUGGACUUUGGGGUACAUGCUGAAUCAGACGAACAUGAUCCCAGCCGAGCAGGCUCCCUCCCCGCCCCUCUCCCAUCCGGUCUACAUCUUACUCAUGGUGGCCUUCUCGCUGGUCCUGGUUGCGGUGUUCCUGAUGGGCUGGCUCAUCUUCCGGCAGGCUUCUUGCCUCCAGAAGGGAGUGGUGUAGCACGGGGGCCCACCCAGCGAAUCUGCUGGGCCGGGGCAGCGGAGAAAUCAUUGGAGGAAGAAGUCUCCCUCAGGAAACGUCCUACGCUCUUCUUCACUGACCCUGAGAAUCACCUGAAGCUUUCCCCAUCUGCUGCUCGAAGACUUCCCAGGAGGACGCUCUCUGCUUUACGUCUCGUGUGCUUCCUGGCAGAAGAACUCAGUCGCUCCAGCUGAUUUUUUUUUAAUUCUGUCCGUCUCCAUCUCCGUCUUUCUCCAUCUCCGUCUGUCCACCUCCAUCCCUUUCUGUCCUCCUCCAUCUCUUUCCUUCGGUCUCUCUCGGGUGGUCUGUGCCCACACGAGUCAGAAAAACCAGGCCUUUUUCCGGAA